ACCCAAGCUCUCACCACAUAUGAGAAGGGUAAAUUCCCAGCUCAACCAUAUCCCAAUCCAUCCAAACCAGCCAAUGUGGUGGAAUCUACUAGUGGGGGGGUGAGUGGACAUGAACAAGCCCAAUCCAUCCUCACUUUGAGGAAUGGACGCGUUGUGGAUAGGCCCAUACCAAAUGAGAAUGUUGAUCAAAGUGAUGAGAAAAUACCAAGAAACGAUGAGGCGAGUGAGGGACAAUCACAUAGGACAAGGGUAGACACGUCUAAGGAUAAAGAGUGUAUCCCAAGGCCACCAUUUCCUCACCGAUUAGGGAAGAAAACCAAUGAGGCUCUACAUAAAGAGAUGUUUGAACUUUUCAAACAAGUGAAAGUGAACAUACCUCUUUUAGAUGCCAUCAAACAAGUUCCCUCGUAUGCAAAGUUCCUCAAGGAUUUGUGUACCGUGAAACGCAAAUUGAAUGUGAAGGAGAAGGCAUUUCUUACAAAGCAAGCAAGCUCCAUCUUACAAGCCACCACUCCACCUAAAUAUAAGGAUCCCGGUUGCCCUACCAUUCCCAUAGUCAUAGGGAACCAUAGGAUUGAGCAAGCAUUGUUGGAUUUAGGUGCUAGUGUUAAUCUCCUUCCAUACUCGGUCUAUCAACAAAUGGGGUUAGGUGAGCUUAAGCCUACAAGAAUUACUUUGCAACUAGCCGAUAGAUCCGUCAAGAUUCCUAGGGGAAUAGUUGAAGACGUACUAGUUCAAGUGGAUGAAUUUUACUUCCCGGUUGACUUUAUGGAUUUAGAUACUCAACCCCUCCCUAGCUUUAGCAAACCAAUUUCGGUCCUUUUAGGUAGACCUUUCCUAGCAACCUCAAAUGCUUUGAUCAAUUGUAGGAAUGGUGUCAUGGUGCUAUCUUUUGGGAAUAUGACCGCGGAGAUGAACAUCUUUAAUGUGUCUAAGCAAAUGGGAGAGUUUGAAGACAUUAGGGAAGUAGAUUGGAUCCAUUCAUAUGUUGAGGAGAACUUCGAGAAAACUCUUGCUAGGGAUUCGGUGGAAGGUGUGCUAGCUUUGAGCGAAAAAGGUAGUCAAUUUCUAGUUGAGGAAGAGGAAAUUAAUGAGGUUUUGGAGUCUUUAGCUAUCCAUAGCAUAGGACGAUUCAACCCACCUAUUGAGGAAUUAGAACCUUCCAAGACUAAGCUUGAAUCAUCUCUAGAGCAUCCACCAACACCGGAAAGGAAACCCUUACCAAGUGAAUUAAAAUAUGUGUUUUUGGGCGAGAAGGAGUCAUACCCCGUUGUGAUAUCUUCCCUACUUACUUCUCCCCAAGAAGAGAAACUUGUUCAAGUUUUGCAAAGGUAUAGACGGGCAAUACGUUGGACAAUUGCUGAUUUGAAGGGUAUUAGUCCUUUGGUUUGUACUCAUAGGAUUUACAUGGAAGAGGAAGCUAAGCCCGUUAGACAAAUGCAAAGACAUUUGAAUCCAAACAUGAAGGAGGUAGUUAGGGGGGAGGUACUAAAAUUGCUUGACGCGGGGAUCAUUUAUCCCAUUGCGGAUUCCAAAUGGGUAUCUCCUACCCAAGUGGUCCCCAAAAAGUCCGGAGUUACGGUAGUUAAGAAUGACAAGAACGAAUUGGUGCCCACUCGAAUUCAAACCGGGUGGCAGGUUGACAAGGCAAAAAUUGAAUUAAUUCAAAAGUUACCUCCCCCUACAUGUGUUAAAGAUGUGAGAUCUUUUUUGGGUCAUGCGGGUUUCUAUAGAAGGUUUAUUAAUUCUUUUAGUGCCAUUGCCAAACCUUUAAGUAACUUGCUUGCUCAAGAUGUCUCUUUUGAAUGGACACCACAAUGUCAACAAGCUUUUGAUGAUUUGAAAGGUGCCCUAACCACCGCACCCAUUAUGCAAACUCCCGAUUGGAGUAUGCCCUUUGAACUCAUGUGUGAUGCAAGUGAUGUGGCGGUUGGGGCGGUCCUAGGACAAAGAAAAGAAAAACAUGCUCAUGUUAUAUACUAUGCUAGUAAGACUUUGAAUGAUGCUCAAGUGAAUUAUACCACUACCGAAAAGGAAUUACUAGCUAUAGUUUUUGCCUUGGACAAGUUUAGGUCCUAUUUGGUUGGCUCGAAAGUCAUCAUCUUUACCGACCAUGCAGCUUUGAAGUAUCUACUUUCAAAAGCUGAUGCCAAGCCUAGGUUGUUAAGAUGGAUUCUCUUACUUCAAGAAUUUGACCUUGAAAUUAAAGAUAAGAAAGGAGUGGAGAAUGUAGUAGCCGACCAUCUCUCUCGACUUCCCGGACAAAAUUUGAUUUCACAUGGCCUACCCAUCAAUGAGCAUUUCCCGGAUGAACAACUCCUCCUCACUAAUGCCAUCUCUUCUAAAUUGACUCCAUGGUAUGCGGACAUUGCCAACUUUUUGGUGACCGAAAACAUGCCAUCUCAUUGGAGUAAGAUUGAUAGAUCCAAAUUUCUUCACAAUGUGCGAAACUUCUUUUGGGAUGACCCAUAUUUGUUCAAGUAUUGUUCUGAUCAAGUGAUUAGGAGGUGCAUUCCCGAUAAUGAAUUUGAAAGUGUCAUGGCCUUUUGCCAUAAAUAUGCUUGUGGAGGCCAUUUUUCCUCCAAAAAGACCGCAGCCAAAAUUCUUCAAAGUGGCUUAUAUUGGCCUUCUUUGCACAAAGAUGUCCAUGCUUAUUGCCUAUCUUGUGACAAUUGCCAAAGGCUAGGUAAUUUAGGAAAACGUGAGAUGAUGCCCCUCCAACCUAUUAACAUUUUGGAAAUUUUCGAUUGUUGGGCCAUUGACUUCAUGGGACCCUUCCCUAAUUCAUUUGGUUAUUUGUAUAUCUUGGUUGGUGUGGAUUAUGUGUCCAAGUGGGUAGAAGCCAUCCCUUCUCGAACAAAUGAUCACCAAGUUGUGAUAAAAUUUUUAAAAGAAAACAUUUUCUCAAGAUUUGGGAUGCCUCGAGCCAUCAUAAGUGAUGGUGGGUCUCACUUUUGCAAUGCCCCGGUUAGAACUUUGAUGAAACGAUAUGGCAUUUUGCACAAAGUUGGCACCCCAUAUCAUCCACAAACAAGUGGCCAAGCGGAAUUGGCAAAUAGGGAGAUUAAACGUAUUCUUGAAAAAACGGUUGGUCCCAAUAGAAAAGAUUGGUCUUCAAAAUUGAUUGAUGCUUUGUGGGCUUACCGUACUGCGUAUAAGACUUCCCUUGGAAUGUCUCCUUAUAGACUUGUCUAUGGCAAGGCUUGCCACUUGCCGGUGGAAUUGGAGCACAAGGCCUAUUGGGCCAUUCGCACUUUGAAUGACUCCACCGAUCAAGUUGGGGGGCAUCACAAACUCCAAAUCCAAGAGAUUGAGGAGUUGAGGAAUGAUGCUUUUGAAAAUGCUAAAAUUGCUAAGCUUAAAAUGAAAAGAUACCAUGACAAGCACAUUGUGAGGAAAGUUUUUCAUGAGGGACAAAAGGUUCUUUUAUACAACUCCCGGUUACACUUGUUUCCCGGGAAGUUACGUACCAAAUGGACCGGACCUUUUAUUAUCCGUAAGGUUUCCCCAUAUGGAAGCAUUGACAUUGAUGAUCCUAGGCAACAAAGCCGAGUUGCUACAAAGUUGGAAGAGCAGAAAGUUCAAGAACAAGAGCAGCCAUUUCAACAGUCACGUCAUGCAAUCAUAUAUGGGUUGCCUGACCCCGAUAAACCUGCUCCACCUGUGAGACCUUAUGUUCCUCCAAUCCCGUUUCCAGGGCGUCUUAUGAGAAAUAAAGAAGAAAUGUCAUCAUUGCAAAAGACAAUCCGAAAGACGGAUGUGGAACCUUCUGUUGUGCAAGAAGAGAAGAAAGUAGAUGAGAAUAAGGUGGUUCAACUAACUGAAGAGUGUAGUGUCAUAUCACAAAAGAAGUUGCCGCCAAAGCUUAAGGAUACAGGAAGUUUCACUAUACCUUGUUACAUAGCUAAUCAAAAUUUUGAACAUGCUUUAUUAGAUUUGGGUGCAUCAGUUAAUCUAAUGUCUCUCUCUGUCUUUGAAUCUUUGAAUGAUUGCCAAGGUCAUGGAGAAGAGUUUCCGCUGAUUUUGGGACAACCAUUCAUGAAAACUGCAAGGAUGACAAUUGAUGUGUACAAAGGCACGCUGACAAUGACAAAUAAUGAGGAGACAGUGACCUUCAAGCCCAAGGCAGCACAAGGACAUCCAACUAAGGUUGAGUCUAUGAAUCUACCUAGAGUCAUGCCAUACGAGAGAGGUAAGCAUACUCCCGCCUUUGAGUCCUUUUCUUUAUCCACUAACAAGUUGUUCCCCUCAAUUGUGAAAGUACCCCAAGAUAAAAUCCUCCAACAAGCGGUUUUUGGAAAAAGGGAAAAAGGAUAUUCAGAUCCUUUUGAGAAAUCAACUGCUCUUACAACUCUGAGUAAUGAAAGGCAUACUUUAGAUGUUGAACUGGGUGUUGCUAGAGGAAGGCGAUUGUUACCACCCAAUGAACUGAAAGUGGGCUUCCAAGUUCACUAA